CUCAGACACGCCCACAGAUGGCAUGUCGAUGACGUAGGCACGCGUAUGUUGUCAGAAGAGAAAAGAUGGCGUCGGUGUCAGACAUGUACGAUGUUGGAUGGGAAGAAAUGAGAGAUAAGCUGCGUAAAUGGAGAGAGGAUAACUGCAGAAAUAGUGAACAAAUUGUGGAUGUCGGCGAAGAGCUCAUCUGUGAUCAUGCAUCUAAACUGGGAGAUGACAUAUGGAUUAUUUAUGAGCAGGUGAUGAUCGCAGCGCUGGACUGCAGUCGGGAUGACUUGGCUCUGACCUGUCUACAGGAACUGAAGAAGCAGUUUCCAGAAAGCCACAGAGUGAAGCGAUUAACGGGCAUGAGGCUGGAAGCUUUGGAAAGGUACGACGAGGCCAACAAGCACUAUGAUGCCAUUCUCCAGGAUGACCCCACCAAUACGGCGGCAAGGAAGCGCAAGAUCUCCAUCCUAAAGGCCCAGGGGAAGACCGCUGAAGCCAUCCGGGAGCUCAAUGAGUAUCUUGAACAGUUUGUUGGGGAUCAAGAAGCGUGGCACGAGCUAUCGGAGCUUUACAUCAACGAACAUGACUAUGGAAAAGCUGCGUUUUGUCUGGAGGAGCUGAUGAUGACCAAUCCUCACAAUCACUUGUACUGUGAGCAGUACGCUGAGGUGAAAUACACCCAGGGGGGGCUGGAAAACCUGGAUCUGUCCAGGAAGUAUUUUGCCCAGGCGCUGAGGCUGAACAACCGGAACAUGAGGGCAUUGUUUGGUUUGUACAUGUCUGCAAGUCACAUUGCUGCUAGUCCAAAAGUCAGUGCCAAAGUGAAGAAGGACAACAUGAAGUAUGCUGCUUGGGCUGCCACACAGAUAAAUAGAGCCUACAAGAUGGCUGGUCGUGGGUCCAAGGAGAAUAAGUGCUCGAUGAAGGCAGUGGAGGAGAUGCUGGAGUCGAUGCAGAUCACCAUGUCCUAGAUGUCCUCCAUGCCUUUCUUCCUCUGAGUGCUCAAACACAGCAACAUUUGGAGCAACACGGCAGCUCAAACAGCAAUGUGACCAGAACGAGAUCUUUAGAAUAGUUCUUUUCUUAACCCCUUCACGUCCGGUCCUGUAAAUGAUUGAACUUGACAUGGACAUUUGGGAUACAUUUCUUUCUCUUAUGUGCAAAGAUUUCCCCACCCAUCUGGAACCUCCAACAGUGAAUUCCAUGUGCUCCAGCUUUUCUUUUUUAAACAACUUCUUCAUAGCAUUAACCCAGCUGUGAUUUUCCCAAGCCUGGAUUAUACGUUUUCCAAAUCUCAGGCUGUCUUUCAGGUUAACCUUGAACUGAUAUCGCUAGUUAGCAUGUCCCCAUCAAGGCUAUAACACUGCAACCAGGAAAGAUAACAAGCUGUACAGUAGAUGCUAUUUAUAAAGACAGUGUGGAGGUCCCACCUGUCUGCACUGAAGUCCUUUAAUGUUUCUGUCUGUAAAUUAAACAUCUUUAACUAAU